GCUGGGCGGAACCAAAAGAAAUGUCUCGCUGAAAUAAAAUCUGCAUACCCACUUUCACAUUACAGGAUUCUAUUAUAAAAGAAACAGCCCUUUUCUACUGACAUGUUUUCCAGAAGAAAGUAUUUGGGUCAGUGCCUCCUGCUGUUAGUAUCUGUAUAUAUAGAAGCAUGCCUUUCGCAAACAUCUGAAAUGUGUUCUGGCGUUCCCGGAGUUCCUGGCAUACCUGGACAGAUGGGUCUUCCAGGGAGAGAUGGAAGGGAUGGAAUUAAAGGAGAUCCUGGACCACCAGGGCCCCGAGGCCCUCCAGGAGGGAACCAAGGAGAACCAGGAAGAGAUGGUAUUCCAGGAUGUAAAGGUGAACCCGGAAAACAAGGCGAAAAAGGAGAUAGUGGAUCUCCAGGUAUAUUGGGAUCUCUGGACCAUGACUUGCAUAUUCAGAUCUUUGACUUAACUCAUCAUAUUUCCAGUAUUGUAGGAGCUCUCCGUCUAGAAGGGAAGAUUCAGGCAGCAGGAGGAAAGAUGUUUGCCAGCAGUGGAACGGAACUGGAUUUUGAAGCCUCUUUGGCUGCAUGUAAAGCAGUCGGUGGUCGUCUUGCCACCCCAACAAAUGAAGCAGAGAACAAUGCGAUCUUAGCAUUUGUGAAGCAAUAUAACAGAUAUGCAUACCUGGGAAUUAAAGUGGGGGACAUUGCUGAUCAGUUCCAUUAUUUAGAUGGAACUUCUGUUAACUAUACAAAUUGGGGCAAAAACGAACCUAGUGGUAAAGGAAAAGAACCUUGUGUUGAAAUAUACACAGAUGGCCAUUGGAAUGACAAAGUUUGUAAUCAAUAUCGUCUGACUGUUUGUGAGUUUUAAAUUGAACAUUCUUUUGCAAUAAAAGCACUACUUGUGUUUGUGUGUUAAAUGGACUUGUAUCUAUUAACUUUUGUUUUCAAUGACAAAGCAAUAUAAUGUUGCCUUGCUUUAACAAAUACUGAUCAAUUAUAUAAGAAAAAUAAGCAUACAUGUGAUUAGGUCUAAGGCAUAAAUGUAUCUACAGUUUAUAGUUUGCUUGUGUCCAAUGAGCAAUUAACAUUUUAAAUAUCUAAUGAAACAUAUUGUGGUGUCAAAUGCUAAUUUGUGUAUAUUUAUUUAAAAAAUAUUCUCAUCUUACAACAUGUAUUACCCCAUAAAAUACAUGUAUUACCCCCAAGCUAAAAUAUUCACUUAUCGAAAAUGAAUCCUCCACCAAAAAACACGAUUAAUAAAAGGAAAAUGCAACCAAGUACAUUAAUUAAAAUUUCAGUUGCUUUACAGUUAUUUGCAAAUGUAAUUGCUACUAAAAGCAGUAUCUCUGACUCCUGAAAAAAUGUAGCAGAACAUUUUCUUAAGAAUCAUAACCAGAGAAAGGCAUAAAAACAAGAGAUAAAAAGGGCUUUAAUCAGCUCAGCUUGUUUAAAAACUACAGAAAUGUUAUAUGAAUGUAUGUUCUCCCCAUGCUUGUGUGGCUUUCUUCCCAAACUCUAAAAACAUACAGGCUGGUUAAUUUGCUCCUGAUAAAACGUAUGUGAUAGGGACCUUAGAUUGUAACCCCCACUGCUGUGGGGAAUGGUAUAAAAAAUGGUAUAAUCUCUGUAAAGUGCUGUGAAAUAUGUUGGCACUAUAUAAAUAAAGGAUAAUAAUGAU